GCUAACGCGUUUUAACUGAGGCUUACUAUUUUUAACACUUAACAUUAAUCAUCUUCGAAGCAGGCAGCUUCUCAGCUUAUUUAGGCCGUAAAUUUGAAAUCAGUUCAUUUAACGUAAAAAUUACAUUACUUAACAUAUAUAUGACAUUCAAGGGAAGUGUGCGUCAACUUUAAGAAAUACUGGGUUUUAGUUAACAGAUUAUGAAGAAAAAUCUGAGAACGCACUGUUUAAUUCAUUUAAUUUACUUAAUUUAUGUAUGACGGAUUAUUAAUGAAAUCAUAACAAAACGAAAGAAUCAACAAAGUGUUAAAGUGAAUAGCUGCAUCUAAUUUAAUUGAGUUCUUAUAGGAUUAAAAAAAAAAAUAUUGUUAACCAGCCGCAUCUGGGUAAAAAGUGGCAACUGCAGAAUAUUUUGUGAAUUAUUUCUAAUCGAACUGAGUACAUUUCUUAUUGUUUAUAGUGCUUUCUUGAAUUAUUUUCGCGAUUGAAAACAAUUUGCUACUUUAUUAAACGAACUCUGACAUAAUGUUUAACAAGAUACUGAGACUUACAGCCGUUACCUUGGUAACAAUUUUAUGGAUUUCCAUAUCAGUUGACGCUUGCUUUCCUUCUAAAUACUGGAUAAGCUGCCUCAUCGACAGUUGCAAAUUAGGAGGAAGAUGUCCUGGUGAUCCAACAGCCAAGUGCAAAAUGGAGAAAACAGAUUGCAACGGGUGUAAACCAAGGUGGUAUUCAAAAAAUGGCGAAAAAGCAAACUGCGGUGUCAAAAGAGAUCUUAAAUUAUGUCCUGGUGGUGAACCUGUUGUACAUUGCAAGGUUGAUUCAUGUAAAUGGCCCUGUUCCCAUCCAGACUUUAAACGGGCAAAAUGCAGACAGAGUUAUUGUGGCGAGUGCGCUGCGGAAUAUCUUUUAAAAGGAAAAUGGGUAAAAUGCCCCGUCAGCUCAACCGGGCAGAAAGACCAUUCAGAGAAGUUGCCCAUAGACACUGUUGUAGGUGACAGCUGUCUAAAAGUGCACUGUCCAAUUGAUGUAUGUAUAGGUCAGAGAUGCCCAAAAGUUCCAAGAGCUGUUUGCAGACCGAACGGGUGCAACACGUGUAAACCGGCGUGGUUUGUGGGCAAUCGGCCUGUUGACUGUAAAACUGGAAAACUGGUAGAUGACAAGCCUGUAGUAAGUCCGAAACUACCGCCAUGGCAACGCACAUGCGCAAACGGCGUUCCUCUCACAAAAUGUGAUAUGAAAGUAUGUGAAAAGAAAAUCUGUAGAAAUUUUCCAAACGCAAAAUGCAGACCUGAUGGAUGCGGUGGAUGUAAAGACACGUGGUAUGUUGACAACAAACUUGUCGACUGCUUGAGCGAUGAAUGUCCACCAAAGGUGCCCAUCGUGAAAUGUGUAGACGAUCCUUGUAAAUAUUUCGGCCAUUACUGUCCAGCUGCAGAGUGCAGAGCUUCUCAAUGUGGAAAAUGCGAGGCUAAGUUCUUCGCCAAUGGCCAGGAAAUCGACUGUGCCAUGCCGCCAAAAGAAUGUCCAAUGGGAAUUCAACCAAUAAAUUGUCCAUGGUAUACAUGUCCAGCAAAUAUCUGUCCAUCCAACAGAAGGCUCAUGUGCCGAAUUGACCCUUGUGGACGAACAUGUAAAUAUGAAUUCAUUGACAUUUACAAUGGAGAACCAAUGCUUUGUCGUGUAUUUGACGGUGAUGGUCGACGUCAAAGAAAUAGGAACGGGAAUGUGCGACAAAAUGAAGUCGCGGGUAAUAACAUUGGCAACCCACCACUCCUUGGAGAUAUUGCACCCGCUGGUCCCUCUACAUUUGGCUUAGGAUUACCACGAAACGUUGACAUUGCAAAAGGCGGUUCACACGACAGCUUUGUCGGUGAUACCAAUUUAAAUCCAACCGCUGGGUCAUUCAGCUCAGGCAGUAGCGACGGAUUUAACGUGCAACCAGUCUUUAAAAAACCGGCACCUGCUAUAACCGACCCCGAUUUGUUAUCACUGUUAAGAUCUUUUCCACACGAGAUGGCAAAUAUUCCUUCUGCUAUGAUCCAAACAGCAUUAAAGAAGAACAAAGGAAUGACAAAAAUGUCUAAACCUCUAAUUCAAGAAUCUGUUCCCGUGAAAAGUCAAAUAGUUGACCAAGGUAAACCGAUCUUAGUAAAAUCAAAACCAAAGAGUGUACCCAACAAUAAAGCUACUAGACCGAAAAAUGGACAGUCAAUGAAAACAUUCUUCAGUGUAGGAGAUAACGUUGUUGAUAAUCAGCUGCUAGACCUUGCUCUUAAAGAUUCCACGUUAUCUGGGCUGAAUAUAGCACAACCAUUAUCAAGACCUUCAACAAAUAAAGAAACAUUAAUAAUCCCACCGCUAAAGGAAACUAAAAAACAACAGAAGAAACCAAAAGUUGCCGCAGCAUCUGCAGUGCCAGCUGGAAAACCUUUAAACAUUGAUUCACAAACUGUGUUGAGUGCAAUUCAAGACAAACCUCCAAGGAAAGAAGAAUCGAAGAAGUUGGGUGUAAAAGUUUCACAACCAAAGAACAUUGCAAAAGGCGUCCCUAUAAGCAUUGGUUUGUUUUCCCUGUGGUCGAUGAGUUAAGAACACUCGCGGCCACAUAUGACACAAAGUGAACAAUACAAUUUGGCUGUUUUAUUGAACUGGAUAGUUAUAUUUGCUUUCGUGACUAACGGAGUCGACUUGGACCUUGUGGAAAAAGUAGGUGAAGAUUUUCUUUGUAAGUUACUGGAAAUCCUGUUAAUAAAACAAGGAGAUUUUAUAAUUGGAAAGGUCUGCUAUUUAUUUCAUUAACAAUAUUCAUACUUUAUUAUUAAAAACAAUGUGUUUCUGUGUACUACACAUCCAAAAUGACGAUGUUUUACAAAAAAGUUGAACAUAGAUCUUUCUUGUUAGAAGUGUUGAUUGCAUUUAUAUUAGUUUAAAUUAUCUGGAUAUGUUGUGAAAAAAGAGUCGUGCAUCACUGAACAGGAUCAUAUGGACAGCUCCUACCAUUGCAACAAUUGCGAAACAUCUAACGUUUCCACAGAAACUUAAUUUAAACGAAGCUUACAAUCGGAAAUCUUAAAUUGUUUUAUAUUGUCUUCGAAUAGAUUGGAUAACUUCUACACAAUCAUAUAAUUUGUACUUGUAUGCUGCCAGUUAUAACGUAGAGUGGUGUCAUUAUUCCAACUUUGAUCCAACCUGUGAUUGUUUGAUAAGUAAUAGAUUUACCUAAACGUAAAUGUGACACUGGUUCAAAGCAACCAUAUAUACAAAACAUACAUGUACACGCCCGAAAUUAUUGACCCAGAUUAAUGAAUGUCUGGUCAACAUUUACGUAGAAUACAAUACCUUAUAUGCACUUGAUAAAUAGUUGUAGUUCUUGAUGAUGUAACAGAAACUAGAAAUCUGUUAUUAGAUGAAACAACAUUCACAAAAUGCUAGUUAUUUCAAGGAUCCGAAUAUCAGUUGUAAGUUGAAGUUGUAACGCUUUAGUGUUUUCCUGACCAUGAACUUCUAUACAACGUCAUUGCAUAGGUAUACAAAUACUAUAUCUUACCCCUACCACUUUAUUUCAACAGAUUUUUUUUUUUGUUUUAAAUAUUUUUCAUAUCUACUAUACCUUUAAAAUAUACGAACAUCAUAUAUUUGUCCAGCAUCCGUUUUGCGUUUAAUUGCACAGUAAACUUCUGUACUUUUCUGUACUUUCGUUCUUAUGCGAAACAAUAUAUCACGAAGGCCUACGGCCUUCGUGAUAUAUUCUUACGCAUAAGAACUCAAAACUCGGGUUAAUCUACGAUAAACCACGUUUGGGAACUUAUUAUUUCGAUUCUAACACGACAUACUAGUAGCAAAAGUGUUAUAAAAAAAUGGUAACUACUUUUUACGACCGCGCUACACACCUGGACCGGAUGACGUCAUUGCACGCGAGUGGUAUAUUGCAGAAUAACCCGAGAUAGAUUUUGCUUUACAUGUAUGUAGGUUAUUUUCUGGUCGUGUUAGAAUAUUCCACAGACACUUGAGGUCUGGACCCCUCCCCCUCCAGCCCAAACUACUACGCACCUGUAUAUAUUUUAAUCAUCAUCAUUGUAUAUCCAGACUUAAAUUCUAAUUAGACUUAUUUGAACUAAUUAAAAUAAAUAUAUAAUAUCUCACUAGCUUAAAAAUACUGUGUAUUUUUAAGUUAGUGAGAGACUAUAUAUUUUAUAAAAUUAGUUCAAAUAAAUCUAAUAUUGUUUGUGUGAUAAGAGUCUGGGUCUGGCUAUACAAUGAUGAUGAUUAAAAAGUAUACAUGUGCGUAGUAGUUUGGGCUAGAGGGGGUGGAGGUUCAGACUCCAAGUGUCUGUGCAAUAUUCAAUGUAAACGGGUAAUUAUAUUUGACUUACAUUAAAUUUUGAUUUACAUUUAAUUACGAUACAGCAUGGAAAUGUGGUGGCUGUAAAACAAAUUCCCCGUAUUUGGACUCAUUAUUGUUUUAUUUUAUGCUCCUUUGGGAUAAAAAGCUGCAUACAUUGCAUGAAGCUGACAACCACAAAUGUCUUCUGGUAUCUUUUAUUUAUUGUCACUGAAAUUCAUAAUAAAAUCUGUAAGAAGAUCAUUUGGAAAACAUAGAACGCAACUAAGCAUAAUAACACCAAACUCGGAACAUUAUGGGGGUAAGUGUGAGGUUAGGUGCACCAUAAAAUAGAAAAAGUGGAAACUCCACAGGUCGCUCAACACGACAAAAAACGAAAAUGUUGCAAGCUUGGUUUAAUUGAGCCAUAAACCGGUUUAAGCUCUCCAGUGGUGGUUUUGCCACUGACCGUUCCAAGACAGUGCCCCGCUGUGUUCCUUUAUUUGUUUGUUUUAUCCUUUCUUGUUUUCUUUGUGUAUGUGGCGUGUGUGUGUGUGUGUGUGUGUGUGUGUGUGUGUGUGUGUGUGUGUUGAUCGUGUGCGCAUUUGGGGAGGCUGUGUUUUUAGAACAUGGCUUUUCCUGUUGAAAAUUCUUCCUUAUUUUUAUUGAGUCUGUUCUUGAGACGUUCCCUGGCUUCGGCAUAAGCAGAAUUCUAUUUCAGUAAAAUGGAAUGUACUCCAUGAUCACAAAGGAUCAGGAAACGUCAUAACACUACGUCCAGUUACGGAGAGACUUAUUUGUACAGCCGACGCACGGCACUAAAAGACUGCAGCUAUAAUUGUGAUUGCCUCGCACUUGUAUCGAACCUUGACCGCUCGACUGGCUGUCUUUACUUUACUGAGCGCAUCGUUAGGUCUAUCAUGCAGUAUAUACAAAAAAAAAAUACUACAAAAAACCCCCAAAAAACAAACAAUACAUUAUGGUAUUUGCGUCUUUAUUCCUUAAUGCUUUUAACAAUACAUAUUUAAUUUCAUAUUUAACUAAAAUGGAAAUAUAUAAUAUGCAUACAACUUUUAUAACGUAUAAGAUCCAGGCAGAGUUUUUGUUAUGCAAUAUCUGAUGCAGAUAUUUUGGAACGUAGCACAUUUUAAAAAAUAAUGUUGUAAUCACUCAUUAAAAGAAUAGAUACACACUCCCUGCACGGUCUAAUUAAAGAAU